GCAUCCUUUACUGACUGACUGACUGCCUUUCACCGUGUUGUUGGUUUAAUAAUCGACCUGCAGAGCGCGUGUUAUGCUGCCGAGUGAGAAUUCAGGUGACGGAGAAACAACAGCACCAUGGCGGCAGAGAUUCACCCCCGUCCGCAGACACGAAAGCCCGUCCUGUUGAGCAAAAUCGAGGGUUUCCAAGAUGUGGUGAACACGGCUGUGAUCAUUCCCAAAGAGGACGGGGUUAUCAGCGUAUCUCAAGACAGGACAAUCCGUGUGUGGUUGAAGAGGGACAGCGGUCAGUACUGGCCCAGUGUCUAUCACACAAUGUCGGCUCCAUGUUCAUGUAUGUCCUUCAACCCAGAGACAAGGAAGAUAUCUGUUGGGAUGGAUAAUGGCGUUGUGUCGGAGUUUGUCCUGUCAGAGGACUACAACAAGAUGACUCCUGCACGAACAUAUCAGGCUCAUCAGGGUGGUGUGACUGUGGUGUUGUUUGUCUUGGAGAUGGAGUGGGUUCUAAGCACAGGUCAGGACAAGAGCUUUACAUGGCACUGCUCAGAGAGUGGACAGCAGCUGGGCUCUUACAGAACCACAGCAUGGGUGUCCGGACUCCAAUUUGAUGUGGAAACCAGACAUGCUUUUGUUGGAGAUCAUUCCGGUCAAGUAACAAUCCUAAAACUGGAGCAGGACAACUGCAGCUUGGUCACCACCUUUAAAGGCCACACAGGCAAUGUUACUGCUCUGUGUUGGGAUCCCGUUCAAAGGGUUUUAUUCUCUGGAAGUUCUGAUCAUUCAAUCAUCAUGUGGGACAUCGGGGGCCGAAAAGGCACAGCCAUAGAACUGCAGGGACACAAUGAUAAAGUGCAGGGUUUGUGUUAUGCUCCUCACACUCGUCAGCUCAUUUCCUGUGGCUUAGAUGGAGGAAUAGUUAUCUGGAACAUGGACGUCACACGACAAGAGACCCCCGAGUGGCUGGACAGUGACUCGUGUCAGAAGUGUGAACAGCCCUUUUUCUGGAACUUCAAACAGAUGUGGGACUUCAAAAAAAUUGGCCUGCGGCAGCAUCACUGUAGGAAGUGUGGUCAAGCCGUGUGUGGAAAGUGCUCUUCUAAGCGUUCCACUAUUCCUCUCAUGGGAUUUGAGUUUGAGGUGCGGGUUUGUGACAGCUGUUAUGACUCCAUUACCGAUGAGGAACGGGCCCCCACUGCAACAUUCCAUGAUAGUAAGCACAGCAUCGUACAUAUGCAGUAUGAACCAACCCGGGGCUGGCUGCUCACCUCUGGGACUGACAAAAUCAUCAAGCUGUGGGACAUGACUCCAGUGGUAUCUUGAGAAUUCUUAGCAUCGUCAGCAGAAAGGAACUGUGAAGGUGGAAUCAGUCCGGGACAUGAACCAAGAAGUGUGUGUGUGUGUGUGUGUGUGUGUGUGUGUGUGUGUGUGUGUGUGUGUGUGUGUGUGUGUGAAGAACGUUCAGAGCUCCGCAUAGUUUUCCAUGGAAACAUAUCUUAACCAAUGGCCGAACAGAAUUCUGAUACCACUUUCCUUUCGAAAAAUUCAAGGACAUCAUGUUAGUGACAUGGAAAACUGAUGGUUUCAAAAAUGAAACGGAACAUGUGCAUUUGUAUGUAUUUGUGCAUGUACACACGGGUUAUUGGAGACAUGUAAAUAUAGUCUAAAUCUGCUUGGUUAUAUUGUGUGUAAAUAUUUGAGGUUGUUUAUACUGACAUGAACCAGUGAUGUUAUAUAUAUUGUCUAUGUCUAUAUUCCACUGGCAUCUUAUACUACUUUAUCCCAAACAUCAAUGAAUCAUCCUGAUAUUACAUAAAAGCAUGCUGGAACUGUUUUUGUAUUUAAGUGCCUUCAUCACAACUUAAUCAGUGGUCAAGAUUUGGCAUGAAAAAAAAAAAACGUUUGUUCACAACAAACUUUAAACUUGUUAAAACAUAAGCACUUUUUAUUGAUAUAGUUUAAUGGAAAAAUUAAACAUUCAUUUUAAUUGUUGUUUACAAAGCAGGCUCAUCUCCACCCACCCGUUGUGACUUGGCCCACAUAACACUUUGCAAAAGCUUCAUUAACCUUCGCUCCACAACUCUCACCCCCCACGGCCACCGUGACUCACUUUGCCCACCUUACAACUUAACGCUGGAGCCGGGGGCUGUUACAAAGGGUAAAAUUGAAUCAUGCUUCAUUUAUAAUAAUAAUAAUAAUUGAAUUUGAUCUUAUUAAAGUCAAUGUUUCAUAAACAUCUGAUAACUGAAAUAAACCCUCACAUUAUUUCAUUCUUUCAUUCCUUGGUCAGAACAUAUGUGAUUCAGACCAUAAUUUGGCACUUAGACACCACUCUUCACCGAACAUUGAAUCAAGCAAAGGCUUUCGUAAUGUGUGACUUGUAAUGAGUUUCCCACAGCAUGAUAUGGACAUUUGGGCUUUUAAAGGCUUAUUGAGAAGCCAUGACAUGUAAAACGCUACAGAUGAGAAGUUACAGGGUAUGGACAAAUAAUGAACGCCACAUGAUAAAGAAGUUUGACUUUUUGGAGUAACUAAAUCACGAUUGUGAUUGCGAAACAGCAGUAUGUGUCAGCACUUUCACAAUUUUUCAAAGAUACAUAAUGCAACCAAGAGAUUUCCAAAGAGGCCAAAUAUAGGAACUGCAUGCACGAUCUAAGGAUUUUGACUCAAGUGAAACAGUAAUUAGAGUGAACUCUUUGUUGACCUUUAGUUAAAAGCUCAUAGACACUUUUAAUGCAGUUCAUGGAAGUGAUCAAACUGAACAUUGUAUUUCCGAGAUCUAAGUCUCAGAGAAGAGAAACGGUAGUCGAGUGCCUUUCUGAUCCUUUCUUUUACCUCUUAAACGACCUUUCUACUCAAUAUCCAGAACUAAGAACUUAGAAGAUGCUUUUUACGGACUUCCACCACUGGUUUGUGAUAUAUUUUAAUGUGCCUGGAAUUGUGAAAUAAAACUUGUAAA